UAAAUAUAGAUAUAGUGGAGGUUGGGUAUGACACUGAUAUUAUUGCCGAUGGAACAUAUGAUGCAUAACUGGCUGGACGCCUGGCGAUCCCUUCACAAUGAUUGCGUCCAGGUUGCAAAAACGACGUCAAGAUUCAAGAAGUUGAUAUGUUUAGCUGCCCAGCAAAUUGAUUGCUACGAAUUGAUAUUGUCGGAGCGUAGGACUGUGAAUGAUACACUUAUCCAAUUCAUCGCGGAUGCCGAGGUGUUGUCCAGCAAGCGUCUAGCUAGUAGCUGCACAAUGAGAAGAGAGCAUCAGGCAAUACUCAGUCAAUUGGUUGGCCUUAAAGUGCAGUUGGCCGAGCGGAAUAAUACUCUGGUCAAGUUCAAGUUGGAGUUGCAUUGCUUGCGUCAAAGGUUGCGAUCGCAGGCGCUUAAAACGAAUCGGAUGACGGCGCGAUUAAAGCAAAGCAAAUUGCUAACCGAAAAGCUUUUGGAAAACAAUAACAGCUUGAAUGCGCGGGCCAUAGAAUCGUUAGAGCUUUAUAGGACGCGGGCUCUCAUGUUUGUCUUUAAGCUGACUGGGAUGGCUCAGGAACUGAUUGUUACCAAAACCAAGUCGAAGGCAUAUGAGGAUGCCAUGGAGCAGCUGAAAUGCAAAAACAGGCAGCUGCAAUUGCGUCAGAGAAUACUUAUAAAAAAAAUCGCAAAGCUUACAUCCCAAGAUAAAAUUCAUACGAAUACUAACACGGAUGCGAAUAUGGUAAAUGGAGCCCGAAAAAUAAUUGCUUUCGGUCUUCAUUAUUUGGGCUUGUUGUGGAAAUGCGUGUCAGCCUUGGCGCAGUGCCCCGAACUGGAGGGACGUGAUACACACUGUGAGUGGGCUCUUUUCUAACUAUAAGCGACAUGCGCUUAAUAAAAUAUUUUAAUUAA